UUGUGACCUGGGAUAGCAAGCGCACCCCCUUACAGUGUAUGUGUGGCAACAAUAUGUCUGUGCCGCUGCUUGCCGAGGCUGUGACGGUGUCUGGGACGGAGAAGGAGACAGCUGCGGUGAUAUUCCUCCAUGGGCUGGGAGACACAGGGCAUGGCUGGGCAGAUGCAAUGACAUCAAUCCGACUGCCUCACGUCAAGUACAUUUGCCCCCAUGCCCCUAGAAUCCCUGUAACUCUCAAUAUGAAAAUGAGCAUGCCCUCAUGGUUUGACCUGAUGGGAUUAAGCCCAGAAUCUCCAGAGGACGAAGCAGGGAUCAAGAGAGCAGCCGAGAACAUCAAGGCCAUCAUUGACCAUGAGGCAAAGAAUGGGAUUCCGACCAAUCGUAUUCUUCUCGGUGGCUUUUCUCAGGGUGGAGCUCUCUCUCUAUACACUGCUCUCACUAGCCAGCAACAGCUUGCCGGUGUGGUUGCGCUUAGUUGUUGGUUACCGCUUCACAAGACCUUCCCACAGGCAGCGAGCGCCAGUGGAAACCGGGAUAUAUCCAUUCUGCAGUGUCACGGGGAGAUGGAUCCAAUGAUCCCAGUUCAGUACGGAGCCAUGACGGCAGAAAAGCUCAAGACCAUCGUCUCCCCACAGAAAAUCACCUUCCGCACCUACCCAGGCCUCAUGCAUAGCUCCUGCCCUCAGGAGAUGGCUGCUGUGAGGGAAUUCAUUGAGAAGCAGUUGCCCCGAAUCUGACCUCAUUCUGGCCUCACUGUGACCCUUAGACACUGACCUCUCACCUCUGACCUGCCACUUCUCCCCCCAACAGGAAACAGCCAUGAGCAUCCCUUAUCACAUAAACAUAGACAUGUGCGUGCGCAUGCACACACACACACACACACACACACACUCAAGCAUAUACACAGGCAUGAACAUUGACUUGUACAUACUGUGAACAUGCAACAUAAACAUUGCCAUCUCAUGCCUCUGUAAAUUCAUAUAAACAGCAAUAUUAAUAAAUUAAUACCAAUUAUUCUGAUACUAUACUGGACAUACAACAGAAACACACACUCGCACACAUACUGAUACGUGCUCACAAAAGUGAGCAUCAGAACUCUUCAAGUCUUGUUUAGGGAGAAUUACUAACUAAAGCAUUACAUUCCCAUAACUGUUUAAAAUCUUAAACCCUCUCUCCAUUUCUCUUUCUCACACACAUAUGCCCGUACACUUACACACACUCUGUCUCUUAUUGUGUGUGUGUGUGUGUGUGUGCGUGUGUGUGUUAGUAAGUGAGUCAGUAAUGGGGCUGUUUAUCGUAGGUAGCUAAUGACCAUACAGUGAAUACAGUUCCAGUGUUAUCUCGAGAAAGAGAGAGAGAGAACUGGCAGCUCCGGCAGCCUGUGGUGAUAGUGGGUCUGAACUGGUGCCGGCUGGAGUGACUUGUGCCACACCGUUCUGCACGCUCAUGUCACAGUGCGCGGCUGCUGCCCCCGCCCCCUCCCCCUCCCAACCCAACCCAACCUCCCUCUCGUGGGUGCUUCUGCUUAAAGCUGAAACAAUUUUGACUUGAUGCAUUUGAAAAGAAUAGUAAACUUAUUAUUCAAAUAAACCAAACAAAUGAACCAUU